AUGGCAUCUGAUGAGCCAUCACAGAACAUAAUAAAUCUUUCUUCUGAUGAUGACGAAGAUGUGUCUGAAAAUGUUUCAUAUAAGGAUGGCCAAAAGAAUGGGAAUGAAAUACAUGAAGUAGACAACAAUCAUGUAUGGAGACAAAAUAAUAACAACGGUAACAUCGAACAGACUAACCAGCCUCCUAAAAGACAGAGACUUGAUUCUUUAUACCUGAAUAAUGGACCCUUUCGGCAAGUACCAAUCCAAAGAAGUAGUUUAAACUAUGUUGGUACUUCAAACUAUAUUCAACAACCGCAGUCAUAUCCCAAGGUAAACCCGGAUACGACAAACGCAAUAAAUCAGAAUGUGGAUAAACCACAAUCAAUCCCGGCUAAUGAUAUAAUUCAAGACCAGUCUAAAAAACCAGAUCCACAAGAAGAUAUUAUCAUUCUCAGUAGCGAAGAUGAAGAUAUGGAUUCCGAUGGAGAUAUCAUGAUCUUGGAUGCAGAAGAAGCCUCGCGUAUAGGGAAGUUUAAGACAUCAUCGUUCGAAAGAAAUGCAAAUAAAGUGUCAGAGGGCCCGAGAUUCCAUGAGUCGCAAAGCAACACACUUGUAAAUGGUUCAAAUGGUCCGUACUAUUCAGUACCAACAGCAAACCCCAGCGAAGCGCAAGUCAUAUACAAUAAUCCAGUUCCAGUCCCACACUUCACAAAAGAUGAUCGUCCUGAGGUUGAAAAAAUGAACUUUCAAAGGGCACAAGAAACACUAGAUGAGAAUAUAAAACGAAAGGAUGAUCUCCUACAUAAGCAUGAACAACUUACUUCAGACUUUACAAAUAACCUGAGAAAAGCCAACGAAUUAUUACAGCAUUUAACUUUGUUACAAAGCCAUUUGAAACGAGAAGAAUCGCAAGAUAAGAGAGAUGAGAAUACAAUUAUGUCAUUAAAAAAUGAAAUUUCGUUUAAAGGUGCUGAAUACCAUAAAUUCAGGCGAAGCAAAGAUGCAGCUGCCUCUUUUCUAACGGGUAUUGCUUCUAAACUUUCGUGGCUAACUGUUACUAUACGUGAUGCGAAAUUACGUAUUAAUAAUUAUGGAAAAUAUAGAAAUGGAGUUAAUAUUAUCGAUAAUCCAUUUGGUUUCAAUAAUUGGUCGGAAAGAAAUACUAUGGAUAAUACAGAUGAACCAAUAAUGGAUAAGCCCCUUGGAAAUUUGACUGGUUUUUCAGCCAAUAUAUAUUCAGAUAACGAUCAACAACACCUCCAAAACUUAUUGAAUAAUAUAAGGCCAGACGAGGAAUUAGAUGAAGAAGGAUUAUCACUUACACCGUCUGAAUUAGCAAUUACGUUGUUAAAACAUCAAAGAUUGGGACUUGCCUGGUUAUUAAGAAUGGAGGAGUCUGAAUCAAAGGGUGGAAUUUUGGCUGACGAUAUGGGUCUAGGAAAAACUGUACAAACAAUUGCAUUAAUUAUGGCCCACAAGCCAGAUGACAAUAGUUGUAAGACGACUUUGGUAGUUGCCCCUGUAUCUUUAUUGAGACAAUGGGCAGCUGAAAUUGAAUCUAAGAUUAAGCCUAAUGCCCAAAUCAAAAUAGCCAUAUACCACGGUUCAGAAAAGAAAUCUCUUCGUACAUUUAGCUCCUUGGAGAAAUAUGAUGUAGUUUUAACUUCUUAUGGUACAUUAUCGUCUGAGUGGAAGAAACAUUACCAAGGUCCUUUAGAGGAAGCUCGUCUUAGUCGGAAUCAAAAUGUUAUUCCUGACUUAGAAGCUGGCGGAACAAGUUACACAUCACCUUUUUUUGCCACUGAUGCUGUUUUCUAUCGAAUAAUUCUUGAUGAAGCUCAGAAUAUAAAAAAUAAAAGUGCAAUUGCUUCUAAAGCUCUGUAUUGUGUAAAAGGGAUCCAUCGAUUUUGCUUAUCAGGAACUCCUAUUCAAAAUAAUGUUGAAGAACUUUUCCCUCUUUUGCGAUUUUUAAGAAUCAAACCUUAUAAUGAUGAAAGCAAAUUCCGGUCGGAUAUAGUUUUGCCCAUUAGAUCUAAAUCUUCCGGGUAUGAUGAGUUUGAUAAGAAGAAAAGUAUGCAAAAGUUAAGGGCGUUAUUGAGAGCCAUUCUAUUGAGACGGUCGAAGGAUUCUUUGAUAGAUGGAAAACCUAUUUUGACAUUACCAGAUAAGCAUGUAAUGGAAGACAGUGUCCAAAUGGAGGGUGAAGAAUUGGAAUACUAUAGAGAAUUAGAACAAGGCAUUCAGAAAAAGGCUAAAACCUUAUUAGCAAGUGAAAAGUUAGGUUCGACCUCAAGUAUAUUGACUCUUUUAUUAAGAUUAAGACAAGCCUGCUGUCACAGUUUUCUAGUUGAAGUGGGAAGAAUGAAGGCUGCUGAAUCCGAGGGUGUCAAAACAUUGAUUACUAGAGAUUGGAAAUCAAUGUAUUUGAAUAUUCAAAAGUUUGACGAAGAUACCAUUCAUAGAAUUAAGAAUGAGGUACAUCAAGGGAAUUUGCUAAAAAGCGAAAAUGAAGAAUCUAAUCCAAAUUCCGAUGAAGAUUUGUUUACAUGUCCGAUCUGUUAUGAUGUUUUGGGUUAUGAAAGCAUUGUGUUGUUUCCUGGGUGUGGCCAUAUGAUAUGUAAUAAUUGCAUUGAAAAUUUUUUCGAAAGAUUCGAAAUUGGAGAUGGAUCUGAAGGAAAUCGUCUUGCUUCAUGUUUUUCGUGUUCAAGAUCUAUCAAAGAAAAUGAGUUGAUUGAUUAUAAUAUGUUCCAUAUGAUUCAUCAAGAGGGCUAUGAUAGAGACAAAAUCGCAGAAUUUUAUAAUAUAAACUAUUCUUCUGAUGGUAAGACAACGAAUAUGCAAAAGAUACGUCAGUUAAUACGAGAGAAUAAUGGUUUCACACCGUCUGCUAAAAUGGAGAAGUGUAUGCAUUUAAUAAAAGAUGUCUUGGAAAAUUAUCCUGAUGAGAAGAUUAUUAUCUUUUCGCAAUUCUUAACAUUAUUUGAUUUGAUGAAACUUGUUUUAGCUAAUGAAAAAAUUCCAUUUUUGAGAUAUGAUGGGUCUAUGUCUCUUGACGAGAAAAAUAGUACUAUUAAGCAGUUUUAUCAAGGAUCUACUAAAGUUUUAUUAAUUUCAUUGCGAGCGGGUAAUGUUGGGUUGACUUUAACUUGUGCAUCACAUGUUAUUAUAAUGGAUCCCUUUUGGAACCCAUAUGUUGAAGAACAGGCUAUGGAUAGGGCACAUAGAAUUGGUCAACAAAGAGAUGUUAAAGUGCAUAGGAUUUUAACAGAAGGCAGCGUUGAAAGUCGUAUCAUGACUUUGCAAAACGAGAAGAAAGAAAUCAUUAGUGGCGCACUCGAUGAAAAGGGUAUGAAAUCUGUCAGUAAGCUUGGUAGACAAGAGUUGGGAUUCUUAUUUGGAUUAAAUGAAUUGAAGUAG